GAAAGUGGUUGCGAGCAGCAGCAGCAGUCAGCCUUGGGUGCACCUCCGGGGACAGGAAAGAAAAUGGCGUCGUCGAUAGUCAAGUGUUGAAGUGGAAAAAAAUUUUGCAUGUGAACUUAAAACCCCAAUUUUCGACCUGAAACGCUCACUUUCCGGCCCGAAAACGGUCGCAUUCGAUUCACAACGGUGUGGUGCAUUUUUUCAGCCACAAUUCCAUAUGGUGGAAAUAUUUUUCCCCUACACCGCCGAAGAAAACCCUGCCAAAAAGCGUAAUGAGCCAGACAAAAGAGGAUAAAAGUGAUUCAGAAAAUGAAUCCAGCAGUGGAAGUAAAAGUGGCUCAUCCUCCGAUUCCGAAAGCGAAUCCGGAUCCGGCUCGUCCAGCUCCAGCUCGAGCGAUAACGAGAACGAAACGUCCAACAAUGGUCUGAUGAACGUUUCGAACCGUGACACAAGCGGUACAGCAUCCACGACCACCAACAACACAUCCACCGCUAGCAGUAACAUCAGUGGUGGUGGUGUGCGAAACUCCAAGGCAGAGAACGGCCUGUCGAUCAGCAAAGCGAGUAUUAAUCAGCAUCGUCCGGAGGAUGAAGAAGAUGACGAUGAGGACGACGAUCGGAACGAGGACGAUUCCGAUGGAUCAGCUGGGAAUGAAGCGGAAAGCGCUGGCGCUAACCAUCAUCACCCUUCACAGAACAGUCGUGUACGCAGCUCAUCACACUCGGGUGCCGAUUCGGAUGAAAGUGCCGGGGAGCAGGAGGGAGCAAACGGAGCAGGGAACAAUGCAAUCAGCAACAACCAAAACAGUGAUUCCGAUAAUAGCGCCAGUAAACCCAGCAAUACUAGCCGACAGAGCGACGAUGAUGAGGAGGACGAGGAAGAGGACGAUGAUGAGGAAGAGGAGGAAGACGACGAUGAGGAUGAUGAUGAUGAUGAGGAAGAAGAAACGGGUGCAAAGCCGGAGCAACGGCUGACCGGUACGGUUCCGGCCACUAUUCCUCCUCCACCCGAGGACGUCGACGAUGAGGAUGAGGAGGACGAGGAUGAAGAGGAAGCCCAGCAGUCCUCCAAAAGCAGCUACGAUGAUGAGGAUUAUGCUGCAAAUAAACUGAGGCGGAAAAGUGCACGAAAAAAGGCGGUAGCUGCCGCACGGAAACGACCCGCUGCCCAAUCAGUAUCCAAAGCCAAGAAGAAGAAAAGUUCCAACAGCCGAUGGAAGUCGGACACAUCGGAAAGUGAUGCUAGCGACGGUGAUUCGGAGGACUCGCGUGACCAACGCUACCGACGGAAACCACCGUCCGGAGGCGCUGCUGCCACCGCCGCAGGGAAGAAACGUUCCGCCGGGAGUGCAACCAGCGCUAAAUCGAAGGUGGCCAAAAAGAAGAAACCGGCGUACAGCUCCGACGAUGGUAGCAAUAGUGAGGAUGAAAGAAAACGUUCGGCCGCAACGCGAAGGAAGAACAACAACGUAAGCUACAAGGAAGAGAGCGGCGAUGAACCAACGGACAGUGACGAUCUGCUGGAAGUUGAUCAGGAAGCGGAAGAGGCAGCGGCAGCAUUAGCCGCCGAGGAAGAAAAGGCGGAAACGAUCGAACGGAUCAUCGGACGGCGGAAGGGCCGGCGGGGUGCAACGGGUGCGGUAACGACGGUUUAUGCAAUAGAGGAAAAUGGUGAUCCGAAUGAGAUCGGUGGGGAAGGCGUCGGUCGCGAGUUGGAAGAACAGUUCCUAAUCAAGUGGACCGGUUGGUCGUAUCUGCACUGCACCUGGGAGUCGGAGGAAACGCUGCGCGAGCAGAAGGUGAAGGGUAUGAAAAAGUUGGAAAAUUAUAUUAAACGCGAACAGCAGUUGGAAUACUGGCGCAAGUAUCAAGCCGGACCGGAAGACAUCGAUUACUACGAGUGUCAGCAGGAGUUGCAGCAGGAUCUGCUCAAAAGCUACUACAACGUGGAGCGUAUCAUUGCUCAGGCGAACAAAGCGGAAGAGGGUGAAACGGGGCUAGAGUAUCUUUGCAAAUGGGAAUCCCUACCGUACUCCGACUCGACGUGGGAAGAUGCCGGCUUGAUUCGACGCAAAUGGCAGCAAAAAAUUGUGGAAUUUCACGAGCGGGAAGAAUCACGCCGAACACCUUCAAAGCACUGUAAAGCGAUACGGUAUAGGCCGAAUUUUAAGCAUCUUAAAACGCAACCUGAAUAUCUCGGCGAGGAGCGUGGUUUGAAGUUGCGCGAUUAUCAGAUGGAUGGAUUGAAUUGGUUGAUAUUGACUUGGUGCAAGGAUAAUUCGGUCAUUCUGGCUGAUGAGAUGGGACUUGGCAAAACGAUACAGACGAUCUGCUUCCUUUACUAUCUGUUCAAGUCGCAGCAAUUGUAUGGGCCGUUUCUGUGCGUCGUACCGCUUAGUACGAUGCCAGCCUGGCAGCGUGAGUUUGCCAUUUGGGCGCCAGAAAUGAACGUCGUCACGUAUCUGGGUGAUGUGCAAUCGCGCGAAAUUAUUCGUCAGUACGAGUGGUGUUAUGAUAGUACGAAAAAGCUCAAAUUUAACGCAAUUCUUACCACGUACGAGAUACUGUUGAAGGAUAAAACGUUCCUAGGUUCGAUCGGAUGGGCAUCUCUGCUGGUGGAUGAAGCUCAUCGGCUCAAGAACGAUGAUUCGUUGCUGUACAAAGCGUUGAAAGAGUUCGACACCAACCAUCGGCUACUGAUUACCGGUACACCGUUGCAAAACUCGCUCAAAGAACUGUGGGCCCUGCUACACUUUAUCAUGCCGGAGCGGUUUGAAUCGUGGGACGACUUUGAGCGCAAUUACGGUAACACGACGAACGACAAAAGCUACACGAAGCUACACAAAGAGCUUGAACCGUACAUUUUGCGGCGCGUCAAAAAAGACGUCGAAAAAAGUUUGCCCGCCAAGGUGGAACAGAUAUUGCGCGUGGAGAUGACUUCGAUACAGCGCCAGUACUAUAAGUGGAUAUUGUCGAAAAAUUUUGACGCACUACGGAAAGGCAUGAAGGGUUCGGUCGGUACGUUUCUGAACAUUGUGAUUGAGCUGAAAAAGUGUUGCAAUCAUGCUGCACUGACGCGUCCGAUCGAGUUUGAAACGCAACGAGACAAUCAGCAGGACAUUGUGCAGCAGUUGCUGAAAGGGUCGGGAAAGCUGGUACUGUUGGAUAAAUUGCUCUGCCGGUUGAAAGAGACCGGCCAUCGGGUGUUAAUUUUCUCCCAGAUGGUACGUAUGCUGGACAUUUUGGCCGAGUAUCUACAGAAGCGUCACUUUUCCUUCCAACGGUUGGAUGGUAGUAUUAAGGGCGAAUUGCGAAAGCAAGCGUUGGAUCAUUUCAAUGCGGAAGGUUCGACCGAUUUCUGCUUCCUGCUGUCGACACGUGCCGGUGGGUUGGGUAUUAAUCUCGCAACGGCUGAUACGGUUAUUAUCUUUGAUUCGGACUGGAAUCCUCAGAAUGAUUUGCAAGCGCAGGCACGUGCUCAUCGUAUCGGGCAGAAAAAUCAGGUGAACAUUUAUCGGCUAGUGACGGCACACUCGGUGGAGGAGAAUAUUGUGGAGCGUGCCAAGCAGAAGAUGGUGUUGGAUCAUUUGGUGAUACAGCGGAUGGAUACGACGGGGCGUACUGUGCUGGAUAAAAAUGGCGGCAGUAACACAUCGAAUCCGUUCAAUAAGGAUGAACUGUCGGCAAUUUUGAAGUUUGGCGCGGAAGAGUUGUUCAAGGAGGAGGAGGAUGGGGAUGAAGAGCUGGUGUGUGAUAUUGAUGAGAUACUGAGGCGGGCGGAAACGCGCGAUGAAGCGCCGGGUAUGCCGGGUGAUGAGCUACUGUCCGCGUUUAACGUUACGACGUUCGAUUUCGACGAAGAUAAGGUAGUGUCCGGUGCGAAACCAACGACCGGUGGUGGUGGUGGUGGUGUAGAGCAGGACCAGGACACCAAGGAUUGGGACGAAAUCAUUCCAAAGUCAUAUCGCGAGCUGGUAGAGGCGGAAGAGCGUGAUCGGGAAAUUAAGGACCUUUAUCUACCACCUCGGAGGCCAGCUGUGAAGCAGGGUAACAACCAGCAGCACGGUGAUAACGAGGCGGAUGGUAGGAAGGGUAGUGGCAAGGGUAAAAAGCGAAAAGGUGGUGAGGCGGAGGAUAGUGAGGAGCUAGAUUCGGACGUUGGUAGUGGUGGUGAGGAUGGCAAAACGAAACGAUCACGAGGGCGACCUUCCAACAAGGAGAAAAUAAACGGAUUCUCAGACGCAGAAUUGAGGCGAUUAAUUAAGAGCUAUAAGAAAUUCCCGGCACCAUUGAAACGACUCGAAGCGAUCGCUUGCGAUGCGGAGUUGCAGGAAAAACCGUUGUCCGAUUUGAGGCGCGUUGCUCAGCUGCUGCAUGACCGAUGUCUACAGACAAUGCGUGAAAUUGCGAAAGAAUCGGAAAUGGAUGGAAAACAUCCCUCGUUGGCAGGGGCUGAUGCUAAGAAGAAGUGUGCUCGUGCGGCUUAUUCGAGCAAAAUUGGUGGCGCAUCGUUUAAUGUGAAAACGAUGAUGCAGUGUGUGGAGGAGUUGCAACCACUAGACGAGGUGAUACCGAGCGAUGCCUCCGAACGUGCGCGGUGGUUGCUGAACAUUAAAACCCGGCCGGCUAACUUUGAUGUCGAUUGGAGCGGGGAAGAUGAUUCGCGGCUACUGCGAGGCAUCUAUCAGUUCGGUAUUGGAUCGUGGGAAGCGAUGAAGAUGGACCCAUCGUUGGGAUUGGCGGACAAGAUUCUAUCGAACGAUGCGAGUCGGAAACCGCAGGGCAAACAUCUACAGUCACGCGCCGAGUAUCUGCUGAAAGUGUUGCGGAAAACGCUCGAACUAAAGCGAGGCCCAUCAAAACCGCGCAAACAACGAAAACCGAAGGAAAUCAAGUCUUUGGCAUCGACGCCGAUUGUAGGAGCAAGUCCGAUGCGGGACGGUGAUUCUUCCUCGGUCAGUUGCUCCAUAUCAGCCACAAUCGCUGCAGUUGCUGCAGGGGAAGAUGUGGCGAUAGGUGGCGCUAUUGUUUCGUUGUCCAGCGGAACAGGACCAACAUCCGGUGCGACGGGAACCGUUGGAACGAGCGCCAUCGGUUCGGUGGUUGGUUCGACUGAAGAGAAAAAGACUGGUAGCAAAAGUAAAAAACUGUCAGAAUCGGACCAUCACCAACAUCAUCACAAUCAUCACCAUCAUCACGAUGAGCAUUCGAAUGGUUCGCGACCGUUGGCAGAUGAUCACACAAAUCAUCAACCACACGGCGCCAAAGAAUCGGACAAAAAGGAUAAGAAAAAGUCCAAGAAAGAGAAGCAAAAGGAUGCGAAGAAGGACAAAAAGAACAAAAACACUGGUCCGAUGCAUUUCACGGCGAACAAUGAACCGUGCGCACUUAAUAUACUAGGCGACCUCGAUCCGACCGUAUUCAAUGAGUGCAAGGAGAAGAUGCGCCCGGUAAAGAAAGCGCUCAAGACGCUAGACAAUCCGGACGAGUCGCUGUCGCAGGAUGAGCAACUACGGCAGACGCGCGCCUGUCUCCUUAGCAUCGGCGAUCAGAUCAACCUCUGUCUGGCGGAGUAUCGUGAUCCGGAAAAGGCUAAGGAAUGGCGCAGCAAUCUGUGGUACUUCGUGUCGAAGUUUACCGAGUUUGACGCGCGGAAGCUGUUCAAGCUGUACAAGCACGCACUGAAGCGUACCGAAGGUUCGGGUACGUCCGUUGGUGACAAUAGUACGGCGAACAACGCAACGUCCAGCCUGAUGACAUCGCCUGUUAAGGAAGGUGGAAAAGGCCGGAAAUCGGGCGGAAAAAAAGACAACGGGCAUAGUGAAGGUGUACCACCAACGGCUGACAGUGCCGCGGAGGAUAAGGAGGGUGAAAAAGUGGGUCGGCGUGAUCGGAAGGAGAAAAAGCGACAUCAUCAUCAUCAUCAUCAUGCGGGCGGAAUCGGUGGACCUAUUAUGAGUGAUUCGGCGUUACAGCAGCGUGAACGGUAUCAGCAGCAUCAUCAGCAGACGGCAGGGGACAGUAGUCAUCACGUGCCGGAACCGGGUGGUGGCAAGGAUGAAGGCUCAGGGACGAUGCAUUCCAAAAGGCGGCUCGAGGAAGGAGAAUACGACGAAAAUAGCAAAGAGUACAAAAGACUGCACGGGGAUAGUCGUAAUCAUCGAGGUGAUCGUGAAAAAAAGUGGGACGAGUAUGGACCUGACCGGGAUCGUAUGAGGAACGUGUCCUCUUCUAGGGGAAGUGCACCGACGACACCACAAAGUAUGCGUGUGUUUCCCGACGACCGGGGGCCUCCCUAUCCUGGCGAUGGUGGUGGUGGUGCAUGGCGGGAUCGGUUCGGACCUGAUCAUAAGCGGGAUCGAUACGAUGGUUACGGUGGCAGGCAUACAUCAUCGUCAGGCUAUCAUCGCGAUCGGGAUCGAGAUCGGGAACGUGAUCGAGACCGUGACCGUGACCGAGAUCGGGAUCGCGAGCGAGACCGCGACAGGGACCGUGAUCGAGACCGAGGUGAUCGUGCUUACAAAGACAAACGAAGGUAUCCACCUUCUGGCCCAGGAGGCUAUCCUGGUGUUGGUGGUGGUCAUGGGUAUGGCAUGUCCCCUUCUGCCGGCUACUACCCGUCCGGUGAAAGUCCCUAUCGGUAUCCGAUGGGAAGUGGUGGUUAUCCUCCUUCAUCGCGACCUUCCGCUGGUGCUCCGCCCGCUGCUGUCGUGUUACCUUCCGGGAGCGUUGUUCCUGGUGCAGCCGGCGGUGUUGUACCACCCACAGACUAUAUGGACUAUCGGCGACCAGAAUAUGAUCGACGGCCUCCGCCAGCGGCAAAUAAUUAACUUAAC